GAUUUUGAAAUACAUUACAAGUACAAUUCACACGUAUUUAUAACUGCUUGCUUCGUGCUCUUACAUGUUUUUGUUUUUCAACAGAAGUUGACAGAUGUUAGGCGGGUAAAUUAUUUUUAAUAUUUAAUAUGUUGAUGCGAUUGAUUAAGGAAAGGAAGACAACGACGUUGAAUUGUUUGAAUAUCAAAAGGAGUUAGCAGGAGAGGGGUGUGAGGGCGAAAACGUAGUCAUAAUGGCUCCCCACAAACUCUGGGAAAACGUACGUGGGCAGCCGUAUAAUGCAAGUUCAUCUCCGUAGACAAAAGGCGCAAGCUCUACUUGCAAAAGUAAUUUUCGUGGUUGAGAACGAGGCACUAGCUUUUCAGCAAGGCAAAUUGUUUGCGAAGAAACUGCCUGCAUAUAGAACCAAAGUGUUUACCGGAAGUGUCCAGCGGGACAAGCAGCAAUACCUCUGGGACUUUCUUGCAAGUCGUGACAUUUUUGUGGUGACAGCACAAGUGUUGGUGAACGCCCUUAAAACUGGUCAAAUUCAAAGUCUUACACAGUUCUCGCUUAUCGUGUUUGAUGAGUGCCACAACUCGAACAAGCAACACAGGUACAACGAGAUUAUGUGGAAAUACAUCGAAAUGAAGUUGCAACCUGGUACCGAUGUCGCUGGAUUGCCACAGGUUGUUGGUUUGACAACUUCACUUGGUGUUGGUGGAAGUACUGCCUGGGAAGCCGGUGUGAAACACAUGAAGAAUAUCUUGGCAAAUAUGGACGCUAAGUUUCUCUGUACCGUUAGAAACCCAGUUAACAAAGAAGAACUGAAGAAACGUACGAACUGCCCUAUCGAAGAACCUGUACCUGUUCCACGCAGAGCUCAUGAUCGCUUUGCUGAGGCUGUAAUGGCUGUUGUCAAACAAAUUGACAGUCACAUUUUGGAAUCAUGUGAUAUUUUGGACGAUGCGACUAUUGCGACAUGCAGGAUACCAUUAGCAAUUUUUGGAACGGAGGGGUAUUUGCUAUGGAACGCCGAUUUUGUAAAUGAAACAAUCCAUGGGCUUCAGUUUGAUCUUCUUCGAAUGAUUUUGAACCUAUGCCGAAGGCAUUUGGAGGCUUACAACAACGCACUCAUGAUCCAUAAGGACGCUAGAAUUAUAGAUGCAAUCAUGAUAUUGGAAGACUUUAUGCAAGAGUUCAGAGAAGUGCCUGAACACGUUGAGACAUACGCUAGACUGAUUAAUUUCUACGAUGGAAUGAUGUUUUCGGAGUGCUUUGAUGAUGAACCUGAAAACCCAAAAUUAGUUAAAAUGGGACAAAUUCUACAAGACGUGCUCGUUGCUGACAGCACUUCCAGAGGAAUCAUAUCUGUGAAAACCCGUGAACUCGCAAAGGCACUUGUAAGCUGGAUUAACGAGACGGACAAUUUGAAAAUCUUACACGCAUCAGAGUUUGUUGGUCAAAAUGUGGCAACUUCGAAAGGAGGUAUGACCAAAUGUAAACAGAAGGAUGCUCUGGAAUAUUUCAAAGGCGGUCGUCACAAGGUGAUUAUAGCAACGUCGGUUGCAGAAGAAGGACUUGAUAUCCAUAAGUGUAACCUCGUGAUCCGUUAUGAGCACGUCACCAACGAAAGUGUGCGCCGUCAAUCCAUAGGCCGCGUUCAGUCUGAUUUCAGUCGAUAUCUUGUGAUAUCGGAAGAGGGAUCGUGGAUACUUGAUAAAGAAGAAGAGAAUCACCGUUGCGAGGAGCUUAUGAAUCAGAUUGUACCGCACUUGCAGGCAUUCAUAGAUGAUCAUGUCAAUCUUUGGGAAAAUGAGCUUCUCAAGAUACAAACGGAGAUGAAAGAAGAACGUGACCGAGAAAAAGAGAGAAGACGCUUGAACAUGGUCAACCAAGUGGAAUUCCAAUGCUUAAACUGCAGUGCGUUUAUUUGCAGGUCAGACGACAUAAAAUGCAUCAUGGGCGUUCAUCAUAUUAUAACUGAUCCAGACGCUGACGAAAGACUCAGACUGGAGCGUGACGCUCCAUAUUUUGUAGAACCAGAAGGUUUAGAAUACGGCGGGCAGGUGUAUUGCGCUAAUGUCAGUUGCCAGUUAAAGUUAGGAGUUAUCUGUACGUUUUUUAAGUAUAAGUACAUUGACUUUCCAUUGAUUUCACUGAAAGCGUUUCGAGUCGUUAAUCCAGAUGGCACUGGGAAAUCAUACAAAGUAUGAAAGAACGUUCCUUGUAAAAUAGCUGAUUUCACAUUUGAUGAUCUUAGAGAUGCAUAGCUGACCGGUUGAAUAAUUUUGUGUAAACAAUGUAUACUUGCAUACGUGAUAUGUGAGCAAAUUAUUUGCAUUUUGCUCGCCCGUCAUUCCGUCGCACGUUUUUUUUGUGUGCUAUCAGAUCGGAUAAAUGUCGGUAAAUUGAAAAUAAUGGAAAUUGAUUUAUUGUGCACAAUGUGUUAUUUGGAUGGUUAGAAGAAGCUAAUGUGAACAAUUCAAGAAACAUGUUUUAUGAUGUCUAGCUUGUUAUUUCGAUGUCUUUGAUCUGAAGAUAAAAUUGCAUUCAAAUAACUGGACCCAUUGUAUUGAGAAGCACGAAUCAGUUUACAGAUAUUCUUGCUGUAUAUUUUGCGUUAGCGAAUUUGAUCCUGUUGUUCUCGCAAUCUUCGUAGUUGUUUUUUUUUCUAGUUUCAUUUUAUUUGAACAGUCGUCCACAUUCGAUAGCAUCCGUCUGUUUUACUGAUGCAUAUACAUGUAUUAAUAAUACUUUUUGACUACUC